GUAAAGCCCAAAUAAAAAAUACGGAGUCGCCAACAGUCUAACACAGGAGUUCAGUUUCGUAAACUGAGUUCCGUACUUCCGUCUGUAAACUCACCCAGCGGUUCCGUCUUCAACAUCGGUCGUCGGCGUCCAGCACUCCAACUCUCCAAUCCUUCAAGAGUUCUUGUUAUCAGAAUAUCAGGCUAUAUUAGUUUCCGGUUGGAGGGUGAUUUUCUGUGUACUGGUUGGCUAAAAGGUUAAAGCGAGCAUUUGCAUUGCAAAAUCCAUAUUGUUCCUUAUGGCUUCUGUAAUUCAACAAGUACCUGCAGAUGAUUUGGUUUUGCUCAGGGUCACUCAUUCCAAUAUCAAGAGUUUCUUGGCUGAUAUCCGUUUUUACCGUCAGAUGACGGUAGAAGCUGUGAAAGAAAAGCUCUGGAAAAAGUGUGGUACUUCUGUCACUUCAAUGCGUCUUGAACUUUAUGAUGAUAGCGGUUCUAAAAUUUCAGAAUUAAGCGAUAACAUGAGGCCAUUUGGCUUUUAUUCUCCACAAGAUGGGUAUAGGCUACAUGUUAUUGACAUUGAUCCAUCCUCAAUAUCAGCUGGUGGUUGGAUAGAUGACACCUCUCUUGUGGAGAAAUACACAAUCUCGAAUGAGGCUUAUGAUAAACUUGAUGGUACUUUCAGAAAGUUCAAGGAGCAUUUGCCACAAAAAGAUACUACUACUUCUGAAGCCAAAGUACGACUUUCACAUUUACCGGUUUGUGUUAAGAUAUACCUAGCACAUGGAAAGUACUCAAACAGUCAAACUAGUAAGAAUAAUUGCAUGUGACCCAGUGUAGUGUAUUUAUCACAAGUAUUCAGCGAUAAGUAUAUGAAGGUGAGCUUAGGCGCACCGGCUAAGGUGUUGUGUGACCGAGAAGUCACGUGUUUAAGUCUUGGGAGUUGGGAGCGGUCUCUUCUCAAAAUGACAAGGGAAGGCUUGCCCCUUGUACUCCAUUGUGGUGGGACCCUUUCCCGGAUCCUCGCCAUGCAAGGAUGCCAAUAUGCACCGGGCUGCCCCUUUUUGUUCACCAAUAUUUGUGACAAUUACAUGGAAGAUCUUUGCGCAUCGAUCAAGGUAGGAGAUAGAUGCCUAGUUGAACCUAGAGAAAGGAGAGGCGUUGUCAAAUUUGUGGGUCGGGCAGAAACACUUGCUCCUGGCUUUUGGGUUGGAGUGCAAUUCGACGAACCCGUAGGAAAACACGAUGGCAUGGUGAAAGGCAAACGCUACUUCGAUUGUCCUCCUCUUCAUGGCUCAAUUGUUCGCCCUGAUAAAGUAAAGGUUGGGGAUUAUCCAGAGCUAGAUCCAUUUGAAGAUGAGGAAAUUUAGUUGUGAUCAUUUUGAAUCAUUACAACUUUGUUAUUUGCAUUUUUCAUCCGAGAGAAACAAAUGGAAAUGCAAAAUUACUGGCACUGAUACUAAAUUUAACAUUCUGAAAUACAUGUGAGCAGAUGUAAAGCAAAAAAAUAGAACUAACUUUAGGUAUAUUUGGGUGUGUAAUCACUUCGCUAGCCUUUUAUUUAUUUCUUCUUUCUUGGGAGAGGAAAGUUUGCUAAUCUUUCUCGUUACUUGAGGCUUGCAUUGCAGAUGCAAUAUUAGCAGCGUGAAACUAGUUCUAAAAAUGCAAACUGGCCAGCUGGGUAAUACCUUUGCAGUGUACACCCACCUAUUGAAGCUACAAUAAUAAGUCUAAUCUUACUAUAUUCAUUUUCUUUUGUGAAAGAAAAUCUUACUCUAGUGAUUGUGUGAUGAGAAAUGUACGGUAAGUAUCUUGGAAUUUGAACUUCAAAUUGAAAGCGUGAGACUCAUCAUAUUACAAAAAGUAAUAAAACUCAUUUGCUAUUUCCU